UCGCAUAUACAGAUUUGUACUCCGUGGAAGCUUUAACUUCUUUGUAAAUGGAAGGAUAAAAAAACGAACGUCGUUUGAGCAGAUGUAAAGAAGUUACGACAUUGCCAAUUAUUAUUAUCAUUGUUAAACUAAAGCUAGUAUUGAAGUUGCAUAGCAAAGCCUAAAAGCCCUGAGAAGUAGUUGUGGAACCUUAUUAAAAUUUGGAUCGUUUAUCUUAAAAUAUAGCGUUUUGGAGAAUUUGAGAUUAAGGUGGGAGUGUAUUUUUGUUUGUUAUUUAUGUUUUCAAUGAUAGGGUAUUUUGGACAUGGAGGAAACGAUAGUGUAGUAGCAUAAACCUAAGAAGAGAGUCAAGUAUAAUGGAGGAUCCUUCCAAGUAUGCCCAUAGUCCUGCUCAUUUAGCUGUUGCUCGCCGUGACCAUGCCGCGCUUAGGUGUAUUAUCUCGACACUCCCUCGGCUGGCUAAGGCUGGUGAGGUUAAUACUGAAGCUGAAUCUCUUGAGGCUGAGGAACGGGCUGAUGCUCUCUCGGCUGUCUUAGAUCGUCGUGAUGUCCCAGGUAGGGAGACUCCGCUGCAUUUAGCAGUGCGAUUGAGAGAUCCAAUCUCAGUGGAAAUUUUGAUGUUGGCUGGAGCAGAUCGGACUCUUCGGAAUGAGCAGGGUUGGAAAGCUUUGGAAGAAGCGGUUUGGACAAGGGAAGAGGCUAUUGCCAUGAUCUUUGCUCGACACUCAGAACCGCUUGCCUGGGCUAGAUGGUGUCGCAGACUUCCCAGGUUUAUUGCCUCAUUAGCUCGAAUCCGUGAUUUUUACAUGGAGAUAUCUUUUCAUUUUGAAAGUUCAGUCAUUCCGUUUAUUGGGCGCAUUGCACCAUCAGACACUUACUGCAUUUGGAAGCGGGGUUCAAAUUUCCGUGCUGAUACGACACUUGCUGGAUUUGAUGGGUUCCAUAUUAAAAGAUCACACAAAACAGUUCUCUUUCUAGGGGAAGGCUACACUUCUGAGGAUGAUAACCUUUCUCUUCCUGCAGGCUCUUUAAUUGUUAUUUAUCAUAAGAAAAAAGAAGUUAUAAAUGCCUUGGAGGGGGCUGGUGAGCAACCAACUGAAUCAGAAAUCGCUCAUGAAGUGCGAAAGAUGUCUAAAACUAAUAUGUAUAGGCCUCGUAUUGAUGUCGCUCAGGCUGAGCUUGCUCCUCAACUGAAUUGGAGACGACAAGAGAGAAGUGAGAUGGUUGGAAACUGGAAGGCUAAAAUUUAUGAUAUGCUUCAUGUGACAUUCAGUAUGAAGUCAAGGGGAGUUCCUGGUGCAAUGACUGAUGAAGAGAGGAUGGCAAAUAGCGGUGAAAAUAAUGAGUAUGAUGAUGUAUUGACAGCUGAGGAAAGGAUGCAGUUGAAUUCGGAGCUUCGUAAGGGAAAUUCAGAUGGCUUUUGUGAUGAUGAUGAUGAUGAGCAUGGAUUUGUUGACUGUCAAGAAAAUGGUUCUUUUGACUGUCAAGAAAAUGGUUCAGCUGGUGCCUAUGAAAGUGUUGAAUCAAAUGUUGUUGCUGCUAAGGAGAAGAAGAGAUGGUUUGCCAGGAAUAAGAAAGGCUCAAAGAACGGUGAUAAUCCUGAUGAUUCAAAGAUUGGAAAGUUCUCAAAAUCGGAUCCAGGAGGUCGCAAUCAGAAGCAAGUUGAUAAUCGUAGAUCAGCGUCUGAAUUUGCGAAGGAAGAUGCUAUUGAUGGCAAGAAGCAUAAAGAUAAAAGCAGCAAGAAGAAGAAGAAAGGGGGCAAUAGUGAUGAUAAACAUGGAAAUGAGAUUAAGAAGGGUGUGAGACCUGUUUUAUGGCUAACACCAGAUUUCCCUUUAAAGACAGAGGACCUCCUGCCUUUAUUUGACAUAUUAGGCAAGAAAGUCAAGCCUAUAAGGAGAUUAAGGGAGAUUUUGACAACUAAACUGCCACCGGGCACAUUUCCAGUCAAGGUUGCCAUCCCUAUUGUGUCAACUAUUCGAGUCCUUGUGACUUUCACUAGAUUUGAGGAGCUUCUGCCGAUGGAGGAGUUUACAACACCUCCUUCCAGCCCGGUUCAUUUCCAGGAUGCCAAGUCAAAAGAAUCAGAGGGUUCAACAUCAUGGACUUCAUGGAUGAGAGGGAGUCGUGGUGGCCAGUCAAGUGAUAGUGAUAGUCAUGACGAGGUUGAUCCUUUCCACAUACCAACUAACUAUACCUGGAUUGAUGCUAACGAACAAAAACGCCGCAUGUUAGCCAAGAAAGCAGAAAAGGCACGCAGGCAGCAGCAGCAGCCAAAGGUGGGAAUGGAGGCCCGCAGCAGGUGAGCGAAGAGGUGGAAGAAUAAUUACAGCAUCCCGGUUGUUUUACCCUUUCAGUAGCGUCUACAACAGAUUGAGGAGGUAAGGUUCCUGCCUCUACACAUCUGACCACAUUCAACCCAUCAAUUUUUUUUUGAAAGAAUGACCCACAAAUUUUUUAAAUAUUUAUUUUUUAAAAUAAAUUAAUUUAUAUGAAAAUAAUUUUUUCCCUAUAACUAAAAUUCUAAAAUCUAUAAUUUUGUUCUUUUAACAUUUAACAUUUUUCUCUCAACCUUCUUUUUAUUUUCCCUCAUACAGACUCUCUAAAAUGUUUAUAACAUUGACGAUAGAAGGUAAUUUAAUAGUUUUAAUAUAUGAAAAUUAUCAUGAAUAAUGGGUGAGAAAUUUACAAGCUAUUAAAAUUUAUUUCAUCUAUUUUUAACUAUUUUAAUAAUUUUUUAUUAAUUCUACAAUUAAUUAUAUCAAAAUUGAUUUAUCGAAUAUUAGUAUUUUGCAUUAAUUUAUAUGAUUUUUUUAAUAUUUUAAUUUCUUUUAGUUUAACCCAUAAUGUAAAGUUUUUGAAUUCACCAUUGCAUCUCACGUUUUUAGUAUUUGGAAUUGGCAAAACGCGACAAUUAAUUAGCUGAACGAUUGGUAGGAGGAAUCACUUCGAUUAAAGCAAGAAGAGCCUUGUCUUCUUCUGUCGAAUCUUUUAUGUGAUGUGAAAUUAGAGAGGGACCAAAAUCUCCUGGUUUCUUUAUUAGCUUGUUUCAGUUCUAAUUUUUAUUGGACAUUAAAUCUUUGCAUCUAAGUCCAUGGUCGUCAAAUGUUCCAUUUUUGUGAUUGAUAUUC